UCUUCAAACUCGAGAGGGUUUCUUCACUCUCUUCCUCUCUCUCACUCCUCCUUCUGAAAAUCUCCAAUUCAAUUCUCCCCCUUCGAUCAACAUUACUAGUACGGAGUAUCUUUUUUCAAAAAAAGAUCAACAUUAUCUAGACAGAGAAAGUAAAACGUAUGGGGAAUCGAGUCCUCCACGCCCUUCUCAUGAUUAUCAUCACUGAUCCUUCUCCACUCUUCCAUUGAUAUACAAAACACAUAUCAAAUCACUCACCGGGAAGGAUAGAUACAGAUACCGAGCGAGAAAGUGAUCCUCAACAUGCAUUCCACGUCGGCGGUGGCGGCAGUCAAUCCCCUGAAGAGGAGCUUCGAAGUCAUGAACUCGAAGCCGCAUUCCACCGACACCGACAACUUCCGGCCACGAGAGUAUCAAACCAAAGUGUUUCAGAUAGCAAUGAGGCGAAACACGAUCGCGGUGUUGGACACGGGAGCUGGAAAGACUAUGAUCGCCGUUAUGAUCAUCAAAGACCUUGCUCCAUCGCUCGACCCCUCUCCUCCUCAAAAGAAGAAGUUUAUUGUUUUCUUGGCUCCCACUGUUCACCUUGUUCACCAGCAAUUUGAAGUUAUAAGAUUCCACACACAUCUUAAGGUGGAAAAAUACUAUGGAGCGAAAGGGGUUGAUGACUGGAAUGCUGAAUGUUGGGAAAAGGAAGUUAAUGAACAUGAUGUAUUGGUUAUGACACCCCAGAUUUUAUUGGAUGCCUUGAGGAAAGCAUUCUUGAGUUUGGAUAUGGUAUGCUUAAUGAUAGUUGACGAAUGCCAUCGUGCUACUGGUAACCAUCCUUACGCAAAAAUUAUGCAGGAAUUUUAUCAUAAGAGUGGAAACAAGCCCAAGAUUUUUGGAAUGACAGCCUCCCCCGUAAUAAGAAAAGGUGUCUCAUCCAUUACGGAUUGUGAGGAGCAAAUAUCGGAACUUGAAGGCAUCUUGGAUUCCCAGGUCUAUACGAUAGACGAUAGGACAGAACUGGAAGAAAUUAUCCCAUCUGCGAAAGAAACUUGUAUUUUUUAUGACCCAGCAGUGUCUUUCGAUAUGGAGUUGAAAGAAAAGUUGGAAUCAUUAUGGAAGAAGUUUGAUGCCUUGUUGCUUGACUUGCAAGGGUCAAUGCCAAGUCAAUACAGAGACACACAGGACAAGUACAAGGCACUUCGAAAACGACUGGCGAAUGACCAUGCGAAGUUCUUGUAUUGUCUCGACGACCUUGGCCUCCUGUGUACUCAUGAGGCUGUUAAAGUUUGUAUAGAGAAUGCUCCUAGUGUGACAGAAGAAUGUGAAUUUUAUAGAAAAAGUUCUUUGCAGUAUAAUAAUUUUCUUGAGGAAGUUUUAGCUGCAGUUGGCACAUCAUUGCCUCAUGGCAAUGAAAUCCUUUGGGAUAUCGGAUCGCAUUGUUCGAAUACAGUAGCUAUGGGCUGCAUAUCUCCAAAAUUUCAUGAACUUCUUCGACUUUUUCAAUCAUUUGGGGAAGCCAGACAAGUGCUGUGUCUCAUUUUUGUUGAGAGGAUUAUCGCUGCUAAAGUUGUUGAAAGAGUCAUUAAGAGAAUUAAAAGCUUGUCUCAUUUCACUGUUUCUUAUUUGACCGGAAGUAAUUCAUCAGUUGAUGCAGUGGCACCGAAAGUUCAGCAAGAAACUUUGGCAUCAUUUCGCUCUGGAAAGGUCAACUUAUUAUUUUCUACUGACGUGGUUGAAGAGGGAAUUCAUGUACCGAACUGUUCUUCUGUUAUACGAUUUGACCUGCCAAAGACAGUUCGUAGCUACAUCCAAUCACGUGGGCGAGCUCGUCAAAAUGACUCCCAAUUUGUCCUGAUGCUUGAGAGGGGAAAUAUAAAGCAGAGAGAUCAAAUAUUUGAUAUUAUUAGGAGUGAAUACUCAAUGACAGAUACAGCUGCAAAUAGAGACCCUGAUUCCUGCGUUUUAAGAGCAUGUAAGAUCAAGGAAAUAGAUGCAUAUUAUGUGGAUGCGACAGGGGCAUCAGUCACUCAAGAUUCUAGCGUGAACCUCAUUCAUCGAUAUUGUGAAAAGCUCCCCAGAGAUAAGUACUUCACUCCAAAGCCCAUUUUCCAGUUCUUGUUGUCAGGGGACGCAUAUCAAUGUAAAUUAUCAUUACCCCCAAGUGCAGCUUUUCAAAUUUUAGUUGGUCCACUAAGCAGCAAUUCUCAUUUAUCGAAGCAGCUUGUCUGCUUUGCUGCAUGUAAAAAAUUGCAUCAGAUGGGAGCUCUUAGUGAUCAUCUUCUUCCUAUUAGUGACGAGCCUUCAGAAAGUGACGCCACUUUAAAGAGCAGAGAAUCAGCUUCAGGUGCAGGGACAACAAAAAGGAAGGAAUUACAUGGGACGACCUGUGUUCAGGCACUAUCUGGAACAUGGGGAUUAAAACAUGAAGGCGCCACCUUUCAAGCCUAUAAAAUAGAUUUCUCUUGUAAUAAACCUGAAGAGAAAUUCUCAAGUUUUAUUCUUUUGAUGGAGUCAAGACUAGAUGAUGAUGUCGGAAACAUUGAAGUGGAACUGUACUUAGUUUCAAAGUUUGUAAGAUCUUCUGUUUCUUCAUGCGGCGAAGUAAAAUUAGACGCAGAGCAGGUGAUGAAAGCGAGGUGUUUUCAUGAACUAUUUUUUAAUGGGUUAUUUGGGAAAUUGUUUGUUGGAUCGAGAUCAUCUGGUGGAGGAAGGAAAUUUUUGCUGCAGUCAGAGGGCGAAUCAUUGUGGGACCCAUCCAACAUGUAUCUGCUCCUACCAGUGGAAUCUUCAAAUGGUUGUAGUCAUGAUGCGUGGAAAAUCAAUUGGAUGGGAAUCAACUCGUGUUUCUCUGUGGUAGAAUAUAUGAAGGAAAAUGCUUGGUUAAGUGCUAAGCAAUCUGAUGUUGACAUGGGGGAUUCAUUAGUUGAUGGCACGAAUUCAACUGAGAAUGGCUACAAGAGCACAAAUCUUAUCCACUUGGCUAAUAAAUCAGUUGAUUUGGAAAACAUUAGGCAAACAGUGGUCUUGGCGAUACAUACAGGGAGAGUUUACUCAGUGCUGGAUGUUGUCAAUAACACAUCUGCUGAAAGUCCUUUUGAUGGAAAUACUGACGCAAAUUCUUCUAGUUAUUCAUCCUUUGCGGUGUACUUCCACAAAAAGUAUGGGAUAACACUAAUGCAUCCUGGACAGCCUUUGCUGCUGCUAAAGCAAAGUCACAAUGCACACAACCUUCUUGUGGAUUUUAGGAGUGAAGGUGGUGCAUGUGGAAAGAGAUAUGAAGCAGGCAAUAAACCGGUAGUUAAAAAGCCCCAAACUCAUGUGCAUAUGCCACCGGAACUCUUAGUCAGCAUUGAAGUACCAAUCUCUGUUAUAAAAUCACUUUACUUGCUACCAUCAGUAAUGCACAGAGUGGAGUCUCUAAUGUUGGCCAGUCAGCUUCGAGAAGAGAUUUCCUUUCUGAGCGAUUUUCGGAUAUCUAGCUCUUUGAUUCUGGAAGCCAUCACAACUCUGAGAUGUAGUGAAAGUUUUUCCAUGGAGCGUUUGGAGUUGCUGGGAGAUUCAGUUUUGAAGUAUGCUGUGAGCUGUCAUCUGUUUCUUAAAUACCCCGAGAAGCAUGAAGGACAAUUAUCUUCUCAGCGCUCAUGGGCUGUUUGUAAUGCAACCCUAUAUAAAGUCGGAAUUGAUUGCAAUUUACAGGGGUAUAUACGAGACGGUGCAUUUGAUCCCCGUCGAUGGGUUGCACCAGGUCAGCGUUCUCUCCGCCCUUAUCCUUGUUCAUGUGGAGUGGACAGUUCGGAAGUGCCUCUUGAUAGCAAGUUUCAAACUGAAGAUACCAAAGUUGUUGUUGGGAAGUGUUGCGACGGGGGUCAUAGGUGGAUGGGCUCAAAAACGAUAUCUGAUUGUGUUGAAGCCCUCAUAGGUGCAUACUAUGUUGGUGGUGGAUUGACUGCAGCUCUUUACUUGAUGAAAUGGCUUAGUAUUUGUUCUGAACUUGAGCCCUCACUAGUAGAUGAAGCCAUUACAAGUGCAUCUCUCCACUCCUACAUCCCCAAAGCUAAGGAGAUUGAAAUUCUAGAAUCAAAGAUUGCCUAUGAGUUCUCUACCAAGGGUCUGUUACUAGAGGCGAUAACACAUGCAUCUCAGCAAGAACUGGAAGUUGGUUACUGUUACCAGAGGCUUGAAUUUCUUGGUGACUCUGUGUUAGACAUACUUAUCACAUGGCAUCUGUACCAAAGCCACACAGAGAUUGAUCCAGGGGAAUUGACAGACUUGCGUUCAGCCUCCGUGAAUAAUGAAAAUUUUGCUCAUGCGGCUGUGAGACGAAAUCUUCAUCCACAUCUUCAACAUAGCUCUGGAUUUCUUUCAGAUCAAAUUAAAGAUUAUGUGAAGUCUGUUGAUGAUUCUCAUAGCAUCACCAAGCCCUUCCAAAGCGUGAAUGGUCCCAAGGCUCUUGGAGAUAUGGUAGAAAGUGUUGCAGGGGCAAUACUUAUUGAUACCAAGCUCAAUCUGGAUGAAGUGUGGAGAAUCUUUAAACCCAUACUAUCUCCAAUUGUGACUCCUGAUAAACUUGAACUGCCUCCUCUGCGUGAACUGAUUGAAUUAUGCGACUCUCUUGGGUACUUCAUCAGAGAAACUUGUAUUAAAAAGGGAGAACAAUCCCACGCGGAGCUUAGAUUACAGUUGGAAGACGUCCUACUGGUUGGAGAAGGAUUUGGGCCCAAUAGAAAAGCUGCAAAGGGACAAGCAGCUUUUCAUUUGCUGAAGGACCUGGAGGGUAGAGGAAUUUCAUCCUCCAAAAGGAGAAAACAAGGUCCUGACCCAGUUGGUGUUCUGUCUACCCUAGACCUGGGUAAGGAUAUCUGCAGCCAAACAAAUGUUGUAUCUUCAAAGCCUGCCCACAAAAAGCAAAAGACAACAAUAAAUGGGUUGCAUUCAGAGAAAACUAAAACUUCACAAAGCAAUGACCAUUCUACGAAAUCUAGUGGUUCCAUCCCAGUUCUUUCAUCCAUUAACAUGAAGAAAGGAGGACCUCGAACAUCCCUUUUUGAGCUUUGCAAGAGAUUGCAGUGGCCCAUGCCUACCUUUAAAUCAGCAGAGGACAAAUCAAGAACUCCCAUUGAAUUUUGUGAAGGCUCUGAAAAGAGGACGGGCUUUAGCAGUUUCACAUCUACGAUAACCUUGACAAUACCCGACUUUGGAGUGAUUGAACUCAGUGGUGAUCCAAGAGCAGAUAAAAAGAGUUCGUUUGAUUCUGCUGCAGUCCUCAUGCUUUAUGAGCUUGAACAGCAGGAACUGCUUGUCAUUGGAGGCGGUGAAGUAUAAUUUAACCUUAAGAGGCAUACAGGUGCUCUCUCAAGUUCAACAGAAGUAGGGUGAAGAAGCUCUUUUUCUUGUAAUCAUCAACCUGCUAAUCAUCUUUGUCGAAACGUACGUAGAUAAGUGAUGGUAUUAGGGUUAACGUCGGCGUAAUUCUUGUUUAACGGGUGAUGAUGUAAUGUAGAGCAGGAAAACAUACUGAUUGUUGGAGCAUGUGUAUGUAAUGAUUUACUUAUGCUUCAAUGCGACUCGAUGGGCAUCUAAAUUGAGUGAAUAACUAUGAUUCAACUACAAA